CUUGGUUGCUGGCUGCGUGUAUGCUCUCACCCGAUUGAGUCGUUGUUCUACUGUCGAUUGCAACACUUCUGUGCCAGUUUGUUGUUAGUUAUUAUUUUGCCUUAGCUUUAGUAGCCAAAAGUAAUAUAUACAACAUAUAUAAAAAAAUAUACAAAAUACCAAAUAAAAAGUGAAAUAAGAAAAGUACGGAAAUACAAAAUGUGGCAAAGAAAAUCACAUUUAUUACAUACGAUUAUUUUUGUUUUGCAAUUCAACAGUCAAAUUGUGACCGUUAAAGAUAACAAUAACAACAAGCAAAACUCAAUCGAAAGAAAUUAACUGAAUUGUUCAAGGCGCUCCGCUUUUAUAACGAAACAAAGUGAGAUUCAGUGGUUUCGUCCGUUUCGCGUGUGUGACACUGUGCUUUUAGCCAACUUUUUGGUCACCAGGCGAUCGACGUCUAUCUUACGGAUACAUUUCACAAGAAUUUGUAAUAAAGGAGAUCAUUGAUUCAAUUUGGUGUUUUGUGAAAAAUAAACUGGCUUUUCAUUAACCCAGGACAAAUACAAAAAAUAUUCAAAGGAAAGCGUCAAUCGCACUCUCCAGCGUCGAAAAAGCUCAAAGCAGCCAUAAGCCUUGGCCCACGUACUUAAAAGAGUAUAUAGUCGCAUAGUCAAAUAAAUAGCGCAAAAUCAUUUAUUAAAAAAAGCAAUUUAUAGCGAAUAAACUGCGUGUGAUUUUACUGGUUGUCGCACUCUAGAUAUUAGUGUAUACUAAAAGUAAAAACCAUAAGAGAAAAAAAACAACAAGAAACCACAAGCCAUACGUAUAAAUACAUAGGAUAUUCUGAGCCCAGUGGUAGUGAUUAAAAACCGUCAAAAUUCUUCCCUUUGCAAAUUUUAAAAUACAACCACAGCCAAUGCACAAGAUGGCAGCACCGACCGGAGCAGCGCCGACGGCGGCACUUGAGGCCCCACUGUCCGCCCCAAAGUAUGGCACGCUUAUACCAAACAGAAUUUUCGUUGGCGGCAUAAGUGGCGACACAACGGAGUCGGAUUUGUGCCGUGUCUUUUCCGCUUAUGGCAAUGUCAAGUCUACCAAGAUCAUCGUGGAUCGUGCUGGAGUCAGCAAGGGUUAUGGUUUCGUCACUUUCGAGACAGAACAAGAGGCUCAAAGGCUGCAAACGGAUGGUGAAUGUGUCGUGCUAAGGGAUCGAAAACUGAAUAUAGCUCCAGCUAUCAAGAAACAAUCGAUCGUUGCAACGAAUGGUGCUGUCUACUAUACAACAACACCACCGGCCCCAAUUAGCAAUAUGCCCAUUGAUCAAUUCGCCGCCACGGUUUAUCCGCCAGUUACUGAUUUUACAGCAGCUGGCGUGCCAACAAUUUACCCACCUUCAAUGCAAUAUCAACCAUUUUAUCAAUACUAUAGUGUGCCAAUGGUCAGUGCGGCGAAUGUUCCCACCAUUUGGCCACAGAAUUAUCAAGGUAUUUACCCAUGUUAAUUUUGAGGGUACUAACGACAGCAUCCAUACCCACAACUAUGAUCACACGACUACAAUAAACAACAACAACAAGAACAACAGCAACAUUGAUGCUACUACAUUUUAUGCGUAUAAAUAUUUGCAAUGAUGAAUAUUUAAUGUUUUUUGGUGACAACCAAACAAAUUCACAAAUUGUAAGAGACACAACAACAAAGACACAACUUUAUAACAAUAGCUUCCUUUACAACUACUACAACUACAACAAUAUCUACGAGUUCGAAAACCGAGAAAUUAUGAGAAGAAGAAAAUAAAUAAAAAAGCGACAUAAAACAAUAAUUUAUUUGCGACAAGAAGAAAUUGUUCGCUUUUUAAAACACAAAAAAAAUUAAGACGGAGAGAGUGCAGAAUGUUAUACCGUUACACCGAUCAAUGCAUAGAUGGUAGGACACUAAAAAGUGCACUAGCAGCGGCAAAAAGGCGAUAAGAGUGAAAAAUAGUCGAUGCGAUCAGGUCCAGGCGAGGAUGUUUUCUAACCAUAGUUAAAGGCUGCUUUAGUCAUUAAAUAAUUCAACGUAAAACAUGGACUGAAUUCGGGGCCGCCGUUUAUUUAGAGAAUGAUUUAAAAUACGCGCACAUACACAUAAAUGCAUACAUAACAAAACAUACACUACUUUAAAGUACCACACAAACUCUUAUUUUAUUUGUGUACAUUAACAUGAAAACGUACAGCUUAGACAUAGAAAAGUAUUGGUAAUUGAAAAUUAUUGAGAGUUGUAUGAACAGGAAGGCGAACGUAAUAGAACGGCGAUGGCAAGAAAUACUAAAUUUUAAACCCAGUGAAACUAAGUAGUCUUACGUAAUGCUACAAAUCGUAUGUAUGUAUAUGGAAAGAUAUUUAACUGCUACGUAUAGCGCCAGUAAUUGUUUAUUGUUUUCGAAAACAAUGUACGUAUAUGUUAAUAUUUUCGAAUUUCGAAAGUAUACAAAUACCAAAACGGUUUUACCGUACCAUAACGAAUCGUAGUUAGUUAUAGAAAGCAGAGAAAGACAAGUUGGCAUGUUUGUAGUUUGUAGUAGAAAAUAUGAAGGAAUGGUGAAUAUAUGAAUUAUUAGAACAAACAAAGAAAACGAAACUUGUUAUAAUGCGAAGCAACAACAAAAACCUAAAUUAUAACAUAAUAAGAAAAAAAUAUAUAUUAUUUAUUGAUUUCAAUUAUUACUAUAAUAAAUAUUAUACACAACUUAUAUUAUUAAUAUAAUAUACUUAUAUAAAAUAUAUAUCUAUAUAUAUAUAUAUAUAUAUAUAUACAUUAGACAAAUUAUAUUUAAAGAAUUUAAAAUAAGAUACGACGAAUUAAAAACACCGGCUGGGCCUGUGAACCGGCAAAACCAAAAGCUGAACAUUUAAAAAAUUACAAAAUACAGAACACAAAAAAAAAUUCAAAAUAUAUAUAUAUAUUAGUAUAACUUUUAUUGGUAUAAGACAUGAAUUAUAUAGUAGAAGAGUCAGUCUUAAACACAAGCAACACAAAACGAUAUUGAACUUAAAACAGGAUUCGAAACUGUAACAAAAACAAAAAUAACUUAGAACAUCAUAAACUAGUAUUUAAAGAAAACAAUAAACAAACAAAUAUUAAAUAACUAAAAUAUUAAAAAAAGAUUAGUUCUUCUCGAAAAUCUUACAUUGUCUUAAGUAAUAAAUUAUAGUAUGAGAAAAACAAUAAAUUCGAAGAAAACUAAGUUAUACCGUAUUCAUACGUAUAAGCAUAUAGGCAAAGAAUCUGAGUAGAAUUAUACACACAAUAUUACAAAGUAAAAAGAAAAACUAAAACAAAUAAAUAUUAAAUUAAAGCAAAAGUACAUAUACAUAAAUAUACAUAUACAAUACAUAUUUUAAGUGAGCAAAAUACACGUAUAUAAAUAUUGAUAUUGAUAAUAUUAUAAUUAUUAAAAUAAUAUACAACGCAUAUUCAAAUAUUGAUAGACGAUAACCCAUGAAUGUAGAAUGAUAAACAAGUACAUACUAAAAAUAUUGGAAAAAAAAUGCAAAUAAAAAUAAAUGUAAAAGCAAAUGUAGGUAUAAACGCCACAACAAACAAACAAAAUAAGCAAUAUAAGCAUAUUGGAUGUGAAAUAAUAAAUAACAAAAGCUAAUUGAAAAUGCAAUAAUCGAUUAAAAUUCUAUUGUUAAGCAUUUAAAAAAAUAAUAUUAAUAACAGAAUUGUGUAGCAACUAAUUGAGUAGUUCGGUCGCCGAUAACUCAUUACCAAACCAUGCAAUAUGAUUUCUAAAAUUCUAUGUAAAACAAUUUAUAAAAAAGACAAUAUAAGCAAAUAAAUGCUCACUAAUAUUUGAACAAGAAGUCAACAGAAGACCACCUAAAAGUGAAAAGCCCUUCCGAAACGAGCGCUUAAUUGUUUGCAAACCAAAAAUAUCAGACGAAAGUGAAAUAAUAGCAAAAAAAAUUUGUAACUUAAAGUAAUGAUUUACAACUUCCUACGGCAAUAAUUUGCAAACUAAUUUAUGUCAAUCCGUAGAGCUUUUGUUUUUAUAAUAACAUAAAAUUUUCGAGAUGUAUUGUGUGCGCGGCCAACACACACACACAGAAACAUUGAUAUUGAUAUCAUUUAAAUUGUAGGAAUUGAUCGUAAAUUGAAAGUCAUUUAGUUUAUAAGAAUGUUUUUUGUCUUAUUAAUUAUAUAUUUUUUUAAAAUCAUUACAACCAGUAGCAUCGCAUAUUUAUGCACAAACAAAUGUAAAGAAUUAUUCACUCAAACUGAAAAGACUCGGGCGUGUUUAUGUUACAACUGCAUAAAAAAACUAUGAAGUAAAUUUUUUUUUUUAAUUUUUGUUGUGUUGAAAUAUUUUGCUUAAUUUGAGUUCUAUUUAUAAAUUUCUGUACCUACAAUUCUUUUUAAAUUAAUUUUAUAAAACAUAUAUUGUUCUUCAAACUCCUAAGAUAUAUUAGCUAUACCAUUUGUUGAAUUCCGAUAAAGAACACAUUUAAUAUUAUUUCGAAAAAAAAAAUUAUAUUUAGAAAUCUCAGAAAAUAUUUAAUAUGAACAAGCGAAUGCUAUGCAUAGAUGUAGCGUAAACAAUUCCUCAAAAACACAUAUAAAGUAUCCUAUGUGCCAGAACUGUAAUAACUAUGACUUUCAAAAAAACAUAUGUAAUUAAAAUGAAUGUAUUAAUUGACAAUAAAUGUCAAAGCGAACAAAUUUCCUUUUUUUCCCCAAAUGUCAAAUUAAUGCUCUUAGAAUGAGUCGAGGUAAAAAGUACUGAGCGACCGAAUUUCCACUUUGCGAUUUUCACUCUCAUGUCAAUUAUCAAGUUUAGCACUGGAAAAUGGUUCAUUAACCUUAGACCGUCAUUUGAUUAAUAAAAAUAAGCGUGGUUUAAAAGCCACUAAAGAAGCAAAGCCAAAUCUUCAGAAUCUUUCUACUAUCAAAACAAAAUUCAUUCGACUGAUAAGCCGAUGCAGAACGACAAUUCGUCAAAUUAGCGAAACCCAAAGCUAGACCUUGAUAUUUGAUCUUCGCUGAGGAUCGAAAACGCCACUCAUAGUAACCAUAAGAGAGAUAAUACGUACUUAAAUAGCAUUCAAAUGCAACAACUACUUUAGAGAACUAAUCCCAUGCUUAACUAUAGUCCAUUAAAUUGUCGUCGUUUGCCAAGCGUUAAAACAUAAGUUCUAAAUAAAGUUAGCAGUUUUAAAUUCCCACAACAGUACAUUUGAAAUCAAUUCCUGGCAGUUCUGGUACAUGUACCAUUUACAUUAAUUCCUUUUGAUUCAUUUUUGGAAUUGCAAAUGAAUGAACUUUACUGCUGUUAUUUUAUUAUAUACAAGUAUAGUUAUGAUUUAUUUCUGAUUUAAUUUUUUUUUAUUUAUGAUUAUUUUUCUUUUUUACAUUCCAUUAUUUAAUUUUUUUUAUGCAUUGGAGUGUUAGAGGCCAUUGCUCAUUGUCAUUAUUGCAAUAUACCACAAAUACAUAAACAUACAUACACAUUAUAAUUUGUAAGUAAGUUUUUUCCAUGUCGUGAAUUUAAAACGCAUACAGCAAACAUUUACGUAGAAACUUAACUAGCGAAGAUUUCAAAGUGCAAUUGUGGUAGGUAAGCAAUGCGGCUACAUAAUAUCAAAUGCUUAAUGAUUAAUAAAUCAGAGGUUUCAAAAUACCUGUGGCGUACCUAAAGGCGUUUAAAUAAAAUCAAAAUCAUGCUUCAUUAAAGAUCAUCGAUCGUUCUCAUUGACGAAAACUCGAAAACCCGAAAUCGUGCUGGUGUUAAACACUCCAAUGUUAUAUGUAUGUAUUUGAAUAUGUUUACCCAUUAAAAGAAAAUAUGAAAUUGCAAUGAAUGACAUUUUAAGCAAUUUAGUUGUUGAAGAAGUCUAUUGUUAAAUUAUGCUUGUUAUAUGCAUAUACACACGUACAUAAUGUAUCUAUUUUAAAUAAGAUGUGGCAAUUAAAUGUAAACCCAAAAACCGAAAGAACAUAAAUAUUUUGUGAGAAAAUGCGUGAUCAUCAUCAUAUAGAAAAAAUUUAUAACAAUUACAAAAAAAAUUAAAUUAAAUUAAAUAAAGUAAAAGGAAAAACUAUUUAUAAACGAAUAAGUAAAUCAAAGCAAUAAAUACAGAAAGUCUUAGUCUUAGUUUACACUUUAGCAGAAAAGGUUGUAGUGACAAGUGCAAAACGAAGCAAAGAAACAAACGUUUAGACAGCGCUAAAGAAAUUAUAAACUGAAGUUCAAAUGACGGCAAUUGACAUUGAUUUGAUAUGUUUGUUGUUGUAUUAUGUAAUUGACAUGCGUGUGCAUACAUAAUAAAUUCUCUUAACUCAAAAUAUGCGCCUGCGCCUGCGCAUUUUUCUGCAACGAAAGGUCAUUGAUAAUCGAAUUGAAAAUUUAGUUAGAGAAAGAGAGAGAGAGCAAUAAUAAAAAUAGAAUUGUGUAAAACAUAAGCAUCACAUUACCGUUAAUUAUAUACAUAUGUAGCUCCAUAAAUGGAGAGCCUGCAUAAAUAAUCGGUUUUGAGAGUAACAAAACAAACUGGCGAUGCGAAAAUUAUAGAAAAUUCGUGAUAUUUUUAAAAGCAAAAAUAAUUUAGACUAUAUAAAACCAAAUAUUGCUGAGAAAACUAUUUGCAAAGCAGGUUUAGAUAAACUCAUUAUUGUCGCAGCUGUGCAUUUUUCGUAAGCUAUUUAAAAAACAUAAACAAAGAAAUGCGAAAAUAAGCGAACAAACGAACAUUUGCUUGCUUAUAGUAGAACUUACACACACAUACACACUCACACACUCAAACAUAAGUUGUAAUGCGGCGCAGCCGUUUGCUUUUGUAAGUCAAAUUUGUAAUUCAUGCCAAUUAGCAGGCAAACGCUGAAGCUAUUUACACGUACAACAAACUUAUACACACGAACAUGCAAAGCAAAUUAGAAAAAAAACCGAAGAAAUUUUGCCCAACGCGCCAAGUUUUUCUAUUUUGCUUUUCUGUUUCUAUUUGGUCGGAAGUAAAUUCCUGGUGCAACAAAUAAUUUAUAUACAUACAUAUGCUACAACAACUUACAUACUUACGUAAUUGCACAACUGUACAUGCAAAUGCAUACAUGAAGAACAUACGUAGUGCGAAAAUGAAUAUGAAUAAUAAAAUACUGAAAUACUGAAGAAAAACGAUAUUGAAAAUAAAGAAAAAAAAUCAAUAAACAUAAUUAUUAACUUGUAUAAACAUACAUAUGUAAACGUACAUACAUAUAUUAUAUAUACAUAAGCAUCUAUGGUAUUGCAAAAAAAUAAACACAGACAAGAGAUGAAAUUAGAUACAUUUAUCAAAAGCAAAAAGCUAAGCAAAAACACCUAUCUUAUCCUUCCUGUUGACUUUAGCCGUAUACAAGUAACAAACAAACAUACAUACAUGCAUACAAUACGAAGAACGUAAUUCUCAACAAAAAUAAAGUAAUAUGAAAUUUAUAAAUUAUAACCCUACUGAAAUUAUCUACUGUUACCUAGACUACUCUGUACUAUGUAGUUAAUAAUUGAUAAUUUAUUAAUACCAUAGAUUAAUAUUAUUUACGAUAGAAUUAACAAAGAAGCAACUAAGAAAGAAGACUUCUAAGUGACUUAACACACAAAACUCAUAAGCGACAUGCACGUUAGAAAAAUCAGUAAAAAAUAAAAACAAAAAAACAUGAGAUAAAAUAAAAUUAAAUAAAAAAAAUCUGAAUGGAGAGAGAGACAUUCAAGCGAAUAAAAAAGAUUUCUCUUUUUGCACAUGAGGUACAAUGUA